AUGAUUGACAGCUCCAGAGAGGAGGAAAAUGAAGUUGCAGGUGGUUUCAGAGCAGGAGACAAUGUAUGGGGAGAGGGCACGGUUCCAUCUCUGAUCAAAGACGCUGAGAAUUUCACUGCUUUCGGAGCUAGCGAUACAAACUGGGCGUGGCGUUUGGGCCAGAUGAGUGUGUAUAACAGUGGAGAUGUGGUCCACCAGCUGAACAGAAGCCUGGAGGAGGCCUCUGCCUCGCUACAGCAGCUGCAGCAGCUGCACUGGCUCGACUACAGCACCCGAGCUGUGUUUGUGGAGUUCUCGCUCUACAACAUCAACACAAACCUCCUGGCUGUCUUCUCCUUCCUGUUUGAGUUUCCAGUUUCUGAGCGUGCCCAGUCCAGCCUUGACCUCGUUGUCAUUACUCUGUGGCCAAUCACAGGCCUGGACCUGCAGCUGCUUCUCAUGAUCGUCCUCCUCGCCCUGGUGUUGUAUUUCCUGGUGCGGGGGAUCUUGGGCUUCCUCAGAGAGGGAUAUGUGUACCUGCUGUCAACCUGGAGACUCCUGGGUAUCUGCAAACUGGCUCUGGCAGCCUCAGUGUGUGGGCUGCACCUGAGCCGCUGCACCAUGGCCACGCGGCAGUGGGCGUCGUACUUGAAGCACCCACGGGACGCCUUCACUGACUUCUACCCCCUGGCCAGACAGAGUCAGAUGUACACAGCCAUGUCUGCCUUGCUGUUGUUCAUACUGGUGCUCAAGGCGUCCCACCAGUUGCGGUUUCUCAGAGAGUGGGCCGUUUUUGGCAGAGCUCUGCGGCGCUCGGUCUGGGAGUUGCUGGGAGUCGCCCUGGCUUUGCUGCUGUUGGUGUUGGCUUACUCACACACAGGACACCUGCUCUUCCACUCUGUAUUUGACGGCUACAGCAGCGUGAGCUCUGCCUGUCUGUCUUUGUUGGGCGCUGGCGGACGUGGUCUGCUAUCAUGGCGUCCUAGCUGGACUAUAACCGGCCCCUCUAGCUCCGUCUUCGCACUGGUGUUCCAUGCGAGUUUUGCCAUACUUCGGCUGGUGUUGCUAUGGCUGGUCACCUCUGUGUUACUGAGGAACUACCGGCGCGCACGAGCAGAGCUGUACCGUCCAGCUGUGGACCUCCAAGACUACGAGAUGGUUGAGCUGUUUCUCAGACGUCUCAAAAUGUGGAUGGGACUCAGCAGGGCCAAGGAGUUUCGUCAUAAGGUUCGUUUCGAGGGCAUGGAGCUGCCACCAUCCCGUUCAUCCUCCACCAGUGACUGUAAGUCCCUGUGCUUGCCACCGCUGGACGGUCCUGAUUCCCCUCCCACCCCAGACAGCAUUGAUGCGGGCUCCGAGGCCUCGUGGCGCCCAGCCUCCUCCAGCCCCUGCAGCCUGACAGAAGCCCCGGGGAUCGGCCUGGGACUUGGGUUGGGCCUGGGUUUGGGGCUCGGUCCAGGGGUGGUAAUGGGAAGCACCAGCUGGAGGGAGAGAGCAGAGACUGAAGCCUCUCUGAGACGGCUCCUCCCCACCCUGGACGCCCUGCUGCAACAGCUUGACCGCGUCACCAUGGCAACAGAGGAUCUGUACCACAUUGAGUGUCGUCUGGAGCGGACGCAGAGGAAAAGGAGGAGUAGAGGGAGGGACAGAGGUAGUGGUGGUGGUCAGGGAGGGAGGAGUGAGGCUGGACAGAGAGGGAAGGGUGAGGACAAGGACUCUGCUGGAUGGAGAGAACGAAAGAGUGGCAAAGAAAAACACAAAGGGAGCAAAAAGGGGAAAAAGACGGAUAAAAAUGAACUUCUAAAGGACUGUGGAAACACUGCUGCUAACCCCAAAAAGACUCCAGCAGCUACACCUGUCCCUUUUCUAAAGCCCAGACCAGCCUCUGCCACCAUACACACACCCGCCCCUCAAUCAUCAGCCAAACCUUCAGUCAGCACACCGCUACCUACACCAGUCACAGAUAAAUCUGCUUCUGACACCUCAGCAAACGCUCCCCCAUCCCAUGUCCCGCAGCCCAAAACACCCCCUGCACCUCCAUGCACCCCUGCGCCCACCCCUUCCUUGCCAUCCACCCCUGCCUCUACCCCUAGUAGCCGGGACUGGGACCCCCCGACAGAGAGAGACACUCUCCCCUCCUCCAGCCUGUUCAACCACCCAGCUCACACUACCACCAUUCCCACACGCAAGCGGAAACGCAAACCCCCGCCCCUCAAAAACAAGGUGCACCCCAACCUAGACAGGCAUGGCCCAGGACACCCUAAAUCCUGAGGAGUCUGGAUAGACGGACAAACACAAGUGAAAGGUGGAGCAAAGGAAGAGUAAAUGUUGGGUUAAGGACGAGAGGAGGACGGGGGCAGCAGGUUUUGUCCCCGGGUGACCCUCUCUAAACCCAAGGGAAGGAGAGAAGGGAUGGGAAAGUUGUAGGACAGGAAGGAAACAAGAAGAAUCACAAGGAGACAAAUUGUUUAGGGUAGUGACAGCAGGUUUGUAAGCAGUGACCUGUCCUAAUCCCACUUCAGUUCAGAAACAUGGUGCGGGUCACCACAUGCUAACUGAGCUGGUUUAGUCAGCCGACUAAAGGUCCACAAUGAAACCAAGAAACACUCCUUUUCCUUAUUUCCCCCGGACUAAAACUGACCCGGCGUAACCCUGGAGGUCACGUGGGGUCACUGACAGGAGCACAUGAGCGUGCUCACCUGAGGAUUUAACCAACUGAAAGCAGACAAUGCAAUCAGUCCUUUUGUGUAUCUCAGAAAACUGUGUUGAUUUCUCAGUUAUGUUGUCUGUCUACAUAUUUUUUUAUAUAUAUAUAUAUAUAUAUAUAUAUAUAUAUAUAUAUACAUAUUGUAUAUUUUGGUCACCAUGGGUAUUUGUGGCCUGUUUAAAAACAGUCAUGUUUUAUGAACCCAAAUUUGCAUGCAGGCACACACAGAUAUACGCACAUGCAGGUACACACAUGCAUAGAAAUAACACUGUAGGCUCGGACGCGCUAAUUGUAAAGUGCCGUACACUUCAGCCCACUGAGGUACAAGAGGAAACAAAAUGAAACACACACACACACACACACACACACACACUCAAGGUUGCUGGGAUCCCAGCAGCCAUUUCUUCAGGGUGCAGAUAUAACUGUCCUCUACAUACUGGAGAUGUGCGGAGAAAUGGAUCAAAAGAUACAAAGAUAAAAGGGAAGCCACGAGUAGCGACAAGAAGGAGGUGUAGCAAGUGGUGGUAACACAGAACAAAGUAGCGCAGGAGUGUUAUUGAGAGGUGGGAGAGAAGAAGAAAAGAAGGUGAUGCUCAGUGGAGACAUUUGGUUGUAGAUAAAAGUUGAGGAAGUUGCCUUCACUUACACAGUACUGAACAUUUACACAAGUUCACCCAUCAUAAAGCUAUACUGACUCCCAGUCUGAUUAUCUUUUCAACAUGUGUUCAAUAUGGUUGUGAUUUAAAAGCACUUUUGUUCUGAUGUAAAUUGUUUUGUUUUUUUUGAUGAGUUGUGAUGUAAAAUAAGCUUGGUGUCCAAACCAAUAGAGAAAGCUUCACUCAUACUGUAUCUAAACUAUAAACGUUGCCAAAGCUUAUGUAUGCAUUGUGAGUUGUACCAUGCCAAGUAAUUCAUUCAUUCAUUUGUACUUAGCACUUUAUUUCCUAAUGGAGCUGAUAUCCAACGCCAUAUUUAACGCUCAUGUGUCGAGUUUUCAUUUCAUAUCUUUAACACAUUAUAGAAACAUCCUAGUAAGUAUUAUCAAGGUGUCGAAGCCACAGCUAGCAGUUGUAUGUGUACUUUUGUCUGCCCUAGUUUUGAUAACUUUCCUUUUUUAAAAUGUCUUAUUUUGAUAAACAUACGUACUUCCUGUGUCCAGUGGGCAGAUCUCAGGGAACCCACCCUUUUACCCCCCGAACCUGGAGAGAGAGCCAGGAAAACCAAAACUGGGGGUAAAAUAGGUGUUUUCAGUAAUCUAAGGAAAUGAUAUAUGGAAAUGAUAUAUUUUGUGGUUAAAUCAUGCCAGCCUGUUUUAGACUUCAUCUUCCUUCUUCUGUCAGCCAAAAACUGUUUUCAUGGGUUUUUAAAAGGAUAUGAAAAAUGGUAGACGGGCAUACCACUGUGCCUCCUUCAGUUAGACCCCACCGUUACACAGCAUUAAAUGUUAACACCCCAUUUGGUUUUAAAUCUCACCUUUUCCUGCCCAUAAAGUCGCAUUAAUAUCUCACGGUUCAGGCUCUUUCAAAAAGGACAGAAAAAGACCCUGCUUCAUCUGCGUGUGUGCAUUUCUGUAUAUAUUGGUGCUUCGUGAUGUAAAUAAUUUUGCUUUUCAUGAUCAGUAUAGUUUAUGUGCUACAGUGGCAUAUGCAUUAGGUCAAGCACUGGUGUUGCAAACCCCAAAGUUUUACAUUUCUCCAAUCUUAACUGAAGCACUACAGCCAAAGCUAUCCAUGUAUUUAAUGUAAAUCUUUGCUCACAAUAUGCCAACCACAAACUGCAGGAAGCUCAGCCAUCGACGCCUCCGCUGGCCGUCCUAUUCCUGCUAUGUGUAGUGUGUAACAAGAUAGUGCCAAAGCCCACCUUCUUGUCUUGUCUCUUUAUGUUGUACGAUGCAUUUUGUUUUAAAAUGGUGUUACACGUCUUUGAAAACAUCUGUCUGUGCUCUUCUUUGUAUCUCAUAUCUGUAAUUUUGCAGCUGUAGCACUUCUCCUGCUUUUGCACUUGACAAAGUCGAAUAAAGAGUUUGA